UGAGUGACGAAACCAUCUUAGUGAAAAGUGGACUUUUCAAAUUUCCAAAAUUCUAAUCUAAAAGGCCUUUUGCCGCCAUUGAUGUAUGGUUUAAAAGCCCUUGAGCCAUUAAAAAAUCAAUUGAAGUUUGAAAAUUGGUCCACUUGUCUUCUUGAUGUGUACAUUCUGUUAAAUGUGUAUACUACGAAUGUGAAUGUGAUAUAUUUAAUCAUGCACACAUGUUCAAGUUUGACAUUGUUAUUGCCAAAAAUCAUAUUUUCAGCCGAAUUGUUGUUUACGGUCGCAAACAGCUUUAGUCUCGUAUUUAAUAUGUUGUAGAUAAGACUGUUGAUUUCUACAGGGCGUGUUCUUAGUUUGACUUUUUCGUUUUUUUUAUUUAUAUCUAAAACAAAUGGUUCAAACAUGAAUUUCAAAAGUGUAUCAAUUCUUUAUUUUCUGCCAAUCUUAUUAUUAACUUCAAAUUGUUCAACGUAUACCAAAAAUGAAAAAAAUGAAUCGAUAUGGAAAGUGAAUUCUGAGAAUAUGACAUAUUCUAUGUAUAUGGGCGAAUCAAAAAAUAUCAGUGUGACCUUGACCCAUUUGAAUAGAACAGAAUUAAUGGAAUCAAAAGCCUCAAUUAUGAUUAUUAGCGAUUCAAAUAUUUUGAAAGUGUCUCGAACAGUUCCAUUAAAUGAAAUCGAUUUGGAUGAAUGGAGUGGAGUCUUUAGCGCUGAUGCUAUUUUUAUCGGUAGUGCAAAUGUUUUUGUGAUGAUUUCACGAAGAGAGAAUAUUGGUUUAAAAAUAGAAGAAUCAUCACAACGAAUACGUAUUAAUAUUUCGUGUAAAAGCAUGCUUGGAGAAAUGUUUAUGCAAUAUUUCGAUAAAUGUGUUUUGAUUUUUUACUUUAUUAUGUACGUAAACUUCGGAAUACUUUUGGAACUAAGCAAAGUCAAAGACACCGUUCGAAAACCAUUGAAACCAUGUGUUGCAUUUAUUUGUAAUUUCAUUUUUACGCCAAUGGCAAGUUAUCUGCUUGGAAUGAUCUUAUUUCCGCCCGGCAGCGAUAUGCGAUUCGGCUUAUUUGUGUGCGGUUUGAGUUUAUUGGGCGGCGGAAUGAUCUUUUGGACGGUAGUUUUUGGAGGAAAUAUCGAUUUAUCGUUUACCCAAAGCAUUUUAAAUAUUUUAUUUGCUGCUGGUGUAGUGAUUCCGUUGUGGAUAUUUACUUUCGGUAGAAUAGUAUUCGGUAGUACAUACUUGAAUGCAUCAUACAUUUCGUUUUUGUGGAAUAUCGUCUACCUGCUCAUUCCGCUCUCAAUUGGAGUAAUAAUUCAGUAUUGUUAUAAGCCAUCGGUGAAAUUUGCUACCAAAAGCAUUAUUUGGCUUAUAAAUAUUUACGUAGUCGUUUACAUCGUUUACUUGAUUCUGUGUUAUUGGUCCAUGUUUAAUCCAGAUCUGCUACCGUUCACGGGAAGGUACUUUUUAUCAGCAUUUCUUCUUCCACUUUUGGCAUACUCAUUUGGCUGGCUGAUAGCAUUUUUAUUAAGAGAUGAAUAUACAGAUCGUUUGCAGCUGGCAACCGCAGCACUUACCAAAAAUAUGACAAUUGUUACCUCAAUAAUGUAUAUAACAGUAUAUUUUCCACAAACCGACACUUAUGUAUUCUUGUCUAGCUUGGUUAUCAUUAUGAUUCCAAUACCAGUGAUUACACAUCAACUCAUUGAUAUAAUGAGAGCACGGGUAUUGAACAACAGAACACCUCUAAAUUUUGAACGAAAUGAGCCGAAAAAGAAUAAAAAUUUCGAUGAUCUACAGCAACUGCAUUCAUUGGAAGAGACUGAAAAUUGAGAUAACUUGUCACCGUUGACGAUUUUACAAUCACUAUUUACAGGGUUUUUUUUGUAUAGAAAGAUAAUACUGAUAGUGAUAAAUUCAAUCAACAUACUUGAAAAAAUACUAAAAUAAAUUGACCGUACAAUGUACGAUAAUAAUGCAUUAA